GAUUUCCUCCAUCAUACCGGGUACACCCAUGCUAACACAUCUGCGGGAUAGGCCCACUAAUAAUGACCAGAGCAGAUUACACCAACAGAUGACGAAGAGACGCGAACAAACAAACAACGGGAAAGCGUACGAAAUCAGACCGGACGGGGAGCAAGUGGAACUGAGGUUGAGGAGAUUACCAGUAGGCAGGAAUCCAUCCUAAAUCAACUAACAGCACUUCGCAGUCGGGUGGAUGAACUGAAGAUGACAAUAAAUACAGAACCUGCAGUGAAUGUGGAUAUGGUGCCAGCAGUGAAACAGGCCUCAUGCGAGUCAGGACAGUUUCAACAUGAUCCAAUCGAUUCAGUGAUCACCAUGAACCCAGCCAGGCCAGCCCUCUCCGCCCUUGUUAUCUGUCAGCUGCUGCGGAGUCAGGAGCCUGUCAACAUAUCCACGCAUACUCAUUCGAACGUGACAAUGAAAGCCCCGGAUUUGACGGCCACGUUCGGCGGAAACGGACUGAAUCUCGCCGCACCGGUGGAGUGCGGAGUCAGAAUCACGCUCGUGUGGAAAAACGUGGAGCGGGCCACGCUGAUGGCGAGUCCGCAGGCGCGACGCACCGUGCACGGUGAGUCAAACAUCUGCCGCUACCUUGCACGACACCUCCCAAUGAACCACGAUCGCCACGACGCCGUCACGGCAACCGAGGUUGACCAGUGGAUCGACACUGCCGCCGCGCUCACCGCGGGAUCGAAGAAGGAAAUCGCUGCCGUCGUUCGCUCGCUGAACGCCCGGCUGGGUGCGAAUGCGUGGUUGGCCGGCGGAGAUAUGUCGGUAGCCGACGUUGUCAUGUGGGGUAGCUUGUAUCGAGCGGGUCAAGUCGCUGAUGCUCCAAAUAAUGUCAAGAAGUGGAUAAAAUCUUGUGAGGUGAAUCCAGCUUUUGCUAGUGUGAAAUGUUUAGCGUGAGGUUGGCGUAAUAAAUUUGCGUUCAGUCGAGUGACAAAAUCGUUUCGAUGCUAUUUAUUUGAUCGCAAUGUUUGUUUCUAUUCUGGAGUAUUUGCUCAGAGAGCUUCACACACCUCUCUGUGUUAUUGUUAUAGAAAUAAAACAUCUACAUGAGAAAAACUAUGGCACAUUUUAUAUUUUCAUCUUCGGCGAAAAGUUGAGAAGGUUUGUGAAGGUUGAGUUAGACCUUUAUGAAUGAUUGCAUUGAAAUGAUCUUUUUAUUAUAACCAGAACGUAUCAAAUUUCGUUUUUAUAGUAUAUUCAUAUGAUGAGGUCUACCCAUAUAAAUCUUGUGUGUUACAUCAUACAAUUGGCCACAGAUCAGUAAAUAAUCUUUUCACUUGUGCAAAAUACAUUUUGUCGCCAUUCA